CAUACAUCAUGUGCAAUGGAUAAAUAUAUAGUCAUAUCUAGACUAUACAAGGAAUUAAAAACAUAUGAUUAAAGCAUAUCUUUUUGUUAUAAAUUUAUUUAUACUUUUCCUCUAUCGUUAGUUAACUUGAAAUAACUAGCUUUCAUAUUAGUCAACAACUCUUUUAAUAUUGUUCACAUUAAAUUUCCUAAGUCUUAAUUAACUUUCCUUUUAUUUGAUCGUCGUCAACAGAAAUUUCAAGGAAGUGUCAUUUUGGUCAAAUAUUUUUCAAAUUGAGAUAUAUAAGAUUAAAUAAAUUUCUUCUAAUGAAAACUACAAAGAAAUAUAACUUUAAAAUAAUAAUAUACCGAGGCUCAAUGCGCUUACCAUCACGAGCAUAAAUAUAUGAACCAUACGUCUCUGUUUCUGUCUAUAUUUCAAUUCAGAUUUCAGACACACAAAUGGCUCAAGCCACUCCCAAUCACAAGCUCACUGUCUCCGGUUGGGCCGCUCAUGAUAACUCCGGCCUAAUCACUCCUUACACCUUCAAGAGAAGAGUUAACGGACCUGAUGAUGUUUCGAUCAAAAUCUUGUAUUGCGGAAUAUGUCACACAGAUAUUCACCAUGUCAAAGACGAUUGGGGUAUCACUAGGUACCCGGUUGUUCCCGGGCAUGAAAUAACAGGAUUGAUAACCGAAAUCGGGAGCAACGUGGAAGGGUUCAAGAUCGGGGACCGAGUUGGGGUAGGAUGUCUGGCUGCAUCAUGCUUGGACUGUGAAUUUUGCAACGACUCAAUGGAAAAUUACUGUGACAAGAUUCAGUUGACAUACAAUGGUAUCUUCUGGGACGGCAGCAUCACCUAUGGAGGUUAUUCUGAGAUGUUGGUCUUCGAUCAUCGGUAUGUAGUACAUAUACCGGAAAGCUUGCCGAUGGAUGCAACUGCACCACUUUUAUGUGCAGGGAUCACAGUGUACUCACCAAUGAUCGAUAGUAAGUUGCAUGAGUCGACUGGAAAACGAAUUGGGAUCAUGGGGUUGGGUGGACUCGGACAUGUUGCUAUCAAAUUCGGUAAAGCUUUCGGUCACCAUGUUACAGUCAUUAGCACCUCUCCUUCUAAAGAGAAAGAGGCGAAGGAAUGUUUGGGCGCUGAUGAUUUCAUCAUCAGUACUGAUCCCAAACAAAUGCUGUCAAAGAUGAGGACACUUGACUUCAUAUUGGACACUGUGGCUGCACCACACUCGCUUGGACCAACACUUGAGCUGCUCAAAGUGAAUGGGACACUGGCACUUUUGGGUGCGCCCGACAAGCCUCUAGAGUUGCCUGCUUUCCCUAUGAUCUUUGGAAAACGGACGGUAAAAGGUAGCAUGACCGGAGGCAUGAAAGAAACUCAAGAAAUGUUGAACUUUUGUGGGAAACACAACAUCACAUGCGAUAUUGAGAUGGUUACAUCUCACAAAAUUAACGAAGCCUUAGAAAGAUUGGCCAACAAUGAUGUGAAGUAUCGUUUCGUCAUUGACAUUGCUGGCAAAAACUCAAGCCUUUAAUCCAAUGUUUCAAAUUAUGUUUAUGUUUUUUGUGUUUUUGAAAUUACAUUCGGUUUCAGUUUUUAUAACUUGUUUGUCAUUCUAAUGUAAUUUGAAUUAUAUCACCUUUAAUAUUUUCUAAGGAAGUGAUUCGAAUAAAACAGUUUUUCUUAGUACACAACAAUUUAUGAUUUAUAGAGUUGUAAAAUACAACAUUUUAAAAUACAAAUUGUUAUGCAGGAAAAAAAUUGUAUAUGAAACAGCUCUAUUUUCUAGUGUUUAAGCG